AUGGCACCUCGAAAGAAGCCCAUGCUCAAGAACACCGACGAUGGCUAUGUCAUAUGUCCCUCGUGUCCGGAGGAGACGCUUCUUUACCCUGCGAUCUGUUUCAAGCCGCACCCGAGCGGCAAGGACGUCUGGUAUUUCUACGAGCCAGGCUCGGUCCCUCCUGAGAUUCUUCAGCGCGCUAAGCUGGCCACAUCCACAAUCCUAUCACCUUUGCCAUCCGACUCGUCGUCCAGCAGUCUCGCUGGAUCCGAUUCAGCUCCCUCUGGCAACCAGUCUUGCCUCGACAUACCGGUGCUCGUCGACCUGUAUGUAUUCGGGUACAUCUUGAUAAUACGUUCUAUACUUCACGUGCUGGCUUUUGCCGUCCUUGUCGGUGACGAGUACGUCAUGCACGAUGUAGUUAUUGCGGUAGUUCCAACCGCACACUGUAACGAGCGGUUAUACGCAUAUUGA